GGUGCAGAAUCUUUCCACCCCUAGACUCCAAAAACCCAAUCAGACAAGUGGCCGUAAUCUGACUCCCAGCUCACUGGGAGCUGAGGGGCAGGCAAUGAGCGUGGCACUCUGGCCAGGGGAGGCAUGAGUGACAGACCCGCAGCCAGGCGGUGGGGGAAGUGUGGACCUCUGUGUAGAAGAGAGACUAUCAUGGUGGCCUUCAAAGGGGUCUGGACUCAAGCUUUCUGGAAGGCAGUCACUGCGGAAUUUCUGGCUAUGCUUAUCUUUGUCCUCCUCAGCCUAGGAUCCACCAUCAACUGGGGUGGAGCAGAAAAGCCCCUACCUGUUGAUAUGGUUCUCAUCUCCCUUUGCUUUGGACUCAGCAUUGCAACGAUGGUACAGUGUUUCGGCCACAUCAGUGGCGGCCACAUCAACCCUGCUGUCACGGUGGCCAUGGUGUGCACCAGGAAGAUUAGCAUCGCCAAGUCAGUCUUUUACAUCGCAGCCCAGUGCCUGGGUGCCAUCAUUGGAGCCGGGAUUCUCUACCUGGUCACCCCUCCCAGUGUGGUGGGGGGCUUGGGGGUCACCACGGUUCAUGGAAAUCUUAGCGCUGGUCACGGUCUCCUGGUAGAGUUGAUAAUCACAUUUCAGUUGGUGUUUACUAUUUUUGCCAGCUGUGAUUCCAAACGGACUGAUGUCACUGGUUCAAUAGCUUUAGCAAUUGGAUUUUCUGUUGCAAUUGGACAUUUAUUUGCAAUCAAUUACACCGGUGCCAGUAUGAACCCUGCCCGAUCCUUUGGACCUGCAGUUAUCAUGGGAAAUUGGGAAAACCACUGGAUAUAUUGGGUUGGACCAAUAAUAGGAGCUGUCCUUGCCGGCAGCCUUUAUGAGUAUGUCUUCUGUCCAGAUGUUGAACUCAAACGUCGUUUCAAAGAAGCCUUCAGCAAAGCUAGCCAACAAACAAAAGGGAGCUACAUGGAGGUGGAUGACAACAGAAGUCAGGUUGAGACCGAGGACUUGAUUCUAAAACCUGGAGUGGUACACGUGAUCGAUAUUGACCGGGGUGAGGAGAAGAAGGGGAAAGACCCAUCUGGAGAGGUGUUAUCUUCAGUAUGACUAGAAGAGAGCACUGAAAGCAGACAGGAGCCCCCAGAACUGUCCUCAGAUUUCCUUCCACCCAUUAAGGAAACAGAUUUGUUAUAAAUUAGACAUGUGCAGGUUUGUCGUUUCAUGUCAUAUUACUCAGUCUAGACAGUAAAUAUUUCAUUAUUUACCAAGGAGGAAUGGAAGAAACCUAUCGUGAAUUUCAGAUCUCUAAAAAAAUCUUUUUGAUGUAUCCCCAGAGCAAAUAUGUAUCUAAUUUAUCUAUUUGCUAUUCGUUAAUAAUCCAUUUAAAACGCGUGUCAAGAUUUUGUAAAACCUUGUCUGACUGAGUUUACAGGCAUGCCUAUCAGUUUAUUUCUCCUCUACCAUGAAAUCAUUGUGGGCAAUCCUCAUUUAAGUAUUUAUUUUGUUAAAUCAAGUUUAUCAAUGGCAAAAGACAAUACGUCAGAGAGUCGUGCAUAUUCAAGAAAAAAAUAUAACCUGUUCUUUUACAAAUAAUCCCUUAUGCAUAAACUGCCUUGGCAACAAGAAUAUUAACAAGAGUCAUUGCUAAUGAAUUGUUUUCAUUUAUAUUUCAAAUACCCAACAACCAACCCAAACUUCAAUUCAUAAUAUUCCUUCCUCCUCCUUAAUGCCUAAGGUAAUAUGGAACUAAAGCCCAAAAAUUCGAAGAAUGUUCAGGGAUCACCUAAUAAAAUAUCCAAAUCCUAAGUCGCCUAUUCAGAUUCAAGACAAACAGACUUAUAAGAUCUUAUAGGGGUGGAUGGAAAUCUGUCAUCAUACAAAACUCACAAGGAAAAAGGAAAUCUGUACACUGGUUUCGAUAGUUGAUCUGUUUUCAGUGCGCAUCCUCAAAUAACACCGCAUGUUAACAAUCUAAACUCUUAACCACUUAACCUUUUGCAUAUAUUUUUUUAAUUUAUUGGCAAAACUGGGGAUUUUGUUGGUUAUCUAUAUUUAAACAUUAGCUGAGACAUAUUUUUGAUAACAAGAGCAUAACUAGUCAAGUCCUAACUUUUUGUUAAUUAUUAAGUUCUGCUCGUUCUAGAAGGUGUAAACUGGUCCUGCCAGUCCCAGUCGCUGCUACUCUCCCACUUCUCAUGACAUUUAUUGAUAAUCUUCAUUGUGCAUGCAAUGAUAUUUUAAUGAAUUAAAGUACAUGAGAGAUAAGAAACAACAUGAUUACGAAAUAAAAGGUUGAGGACAUCAAAAUAUUCUGUAUUCAAAGCUGAGUGGAUGACCAAUCCUUCACGUAUAGAGAGAUACUGUACGUAACCCAACAUGUUUUUCAAGUGUUUUGAUUACUGACUCGUUUGUCAAAAUAGCCUGUUUUUGUUUGUUUGAAGUUUGUUUGUUUGUUUCUUUUCCUCUACUGCUUUGCCUUAUGUCAGUAAAAUGGUGUCUGGAAACCCCAGUUUCUAUCAUCUUAACUGUCUAGUCUAGCUUUUAUCAUAGAUAAAGAGCUGCAAAAGUCAAUUUCACUAAACAAAAACUAGUAAUAAAGCAAAAACCUAGCACUGCAAAGAGUGGUUUGUCAAUAGCUGAUAAUCAGGGGCUUUCUUCUCCCACUCACAGUUGUGACCGGGUGCCACUUUUUAGUGUUAAUGGCAAUUUUGUGUCUGGGGCAGUGAGAUAAUAGACCACUAUUAAAUCUGAUUCUCUUCGGUGCUAGGAAAGUCAUGCACAAGGUUCCUAGAGAGACGUCACAUCACUGUAGUGCACUGGCAUCUUUUAGGGAAAGGACUUAAAUCCCAGGCCCUCUUUUCCGAGGCAUGGCUCACCAUACCCUCCACCACUGAUGCACGUUGCUGCCUGUUUAAGGCAGCAUCUCUAGAAACUAAGUGCAUUUCUAAGGAUGGAUGAUGCCCACCUGUUCAAAUGUUUGCACAAUAUACCACCAAGGGCUUAGAACUGAGGUGAUUCCACUCAAAAGAGAAUGCUACCAACCAUCAGCAACGUGUCCGUUCAAAAAUAAGGUAGGUUGACAAGGAAAGAAUGAAAUGUUUUCUGAAUACAUCUACAGUUUACUGGCUUAUGAUCAUUUUUAUUCAGCCAUAUGGUUUACUUCUAACACACUCACUUUUACACUUACUUCCAAGUAAAGCAUUCAAUAAGUUAGUGCUGAAAAAAAAACAAACCAUGAAUGAUGUUUUUGUCAUUCAUUUUGCAGCAAUAAGCAGAGUACCUGGCACAUAGUAGGUAUUUAAAACAGGUAUGUUAGUUUAAGAAAAUACAGACAAAUUUUAUUUGGGAUUGAAGAUUAUAAAUGAUUUUCUUUUAAUCUUUAUUUUGCUCAAGAGUUAAUAAAAGCAUGAGUGCAAGGACGACUAAGGGAAGGCAAUAUGAAUGUAAAAGCCGUAAAAUACAUUUUUGCAUUCUACUCUUUUAGGGGCAUGCAGCCAACGAAUGCUUUUGCACUUUUCUUUCCCCGCAUAUGAGACAACAUAUUUUGUAUUUCACUCAAGGCUCUGCCAGUAAAAAGUAAUGAAAUUGUACCUUUCUAAUGACAUCUAUGCAGCAGGGGUCUAUUGCCUUGUGGAUGGUACCAAAUUAUCCAAGUGUAUUAGGAGACUGGGGCUUUUUCCUUUAAUCCCUUCUUAUUAAUGAAGUGCAUCGUGCAGCUCCCAGGAGAGGGCUGCUGACAGAUAUACAGAAAAGAGAUCAGAGAGAAAAAACUGGAAGGACAUAAAUGAAUUAUACCCAGCCAGGAAACGAUGCCAUCUCUUCCCUAAGGAAAAGCACAACAAGCGCCCCCAAAUUGUAAAGUGGUCCCUACCCUGCACAUGUAUAUAGUUCAUCCAAAGAGUACAAAGGGUAAGAGUCAUUUUUUAAGUUUUUGGGGCUUUCUUAAAAUUGGGAAAAGUAGGGGGCUCAGAAUUUGUAUGUAUGUAUGUUUUCAUUAUAGAAGACAUUUUCAUCUCAACUUUUACAGUAGAAGGAGGGUUUUUUUUUUUGGUAUUUAAAUAAUUGCUUAAACAUAAGAUUCCUACACUUUGUUUCUGUUGUUUGAUGUUUUUCAUAAAUUCUUCUACUUUUCUGUCUUCCGAUCCUUUACCUAAUGCAGUUGGCUGGUGUUGGCUUAAACUGUGGCUCAGUCUUGAAGAUUUUAGAAAUAUUUUGAUAACAUGUAUGAUGGAAUGAAGCUAUUUCGUUAUUGGAGGUAUGAUUCCAAAUAGAACAGAGUAUUCUUCUUAGGCCAUGAAACCAGGCAACUGACUUAGUGGUUUAAACUCAAUAAUGAACCAAAAAAAUUCCAAAAUAGAAGAGCAAAUUCAAAUGCUAGAAUCGAUCCCAGCAAAGCUGUUUGUUGCAGCCUGUUGACACUGUUCCCACAUGGUAUGAACAUUUGAUACAGAAAUUGCCUUUGUGACAGCUGAGAAUGACAGUGCGAGCCUAAUAGACAAACUUACCAAGCAACAGAGAGCCAAUAUAAAUUCUCAUCAUAAACACUAUAGAAUAUGCAAAUCCAGAAUAAUUUACGCCUGAAAGUAAUUCUGUCUUUCAUAAUACGUUUAUGGCAUCAAAGUUAUUAGGAAGAUGUAUUUACUACCUGGAAAGUAUAAUGUAAUAAAACUCACUCUCUUAACCACA